AAAAGUGGUAGUGGGUAUUAUUGUUAUGACCCGACUCUCGGAAAAGCUCCGUCUGUCUCUCUUCCUUCUUCUGUACAAUCCAACCCGGUUUCUCUCUCCUCCUAAGCAGCUCUUGGCUACUCUCUCCGUCUCCACGCUCCACCUCGCACGCGCCCUCGCCUCCAAAACCCUAGCCCUCUUCUUCUUCUUCUUCGCCAUGGACGACACCUUCCCCUUCGCCUCUCCCGACGGCGACAACGACGGCUGGGACUUCGACCUCCAGUCCCGCAACCGCGCCCAGCGCCCCCGCCUCCUCCACGACUACGACGACGACGACGACGUUUCCGACAAUGCCGUCGAUAAGGUCUACCUCGUUCCCUACAGGUGGUGGAAGGAGGUUCGGACCGAAGACGAUGAUCGUGGCGAAGGGGUGUUGUACAGCACUUCGCCGGAGGAAGACGACUCCGGCUCGGAAAUUGUGUUGAGUUUGAGGAAGAGGGACUCUGCUGAAGAAGGGUUUUCAGGUCGCGAGUAUGCCUUGGUCCCUGAAGCGACAUGGUGCCGCGCACUCAUACGGCAUUAUGAUUUUAAUACAGCAGCAAUGGAUAAUGUGAGCUUCUUUGGUGAUGAAGAGUUUUUAAAGGAUGUCUUUUCUUUACAAAUUAGGCUCUUUGUUUCCUGGGAAACAAAUUCAUUGGUUGUAAAGAUCAGCCAAAAGGAUAAUGCGGCUGAUUCUUUCAAGAGAGCCUGCAUUAUUUUCAGUUCAGAGCCCGAGCCGUUGCAUAUUUGGGACUUCUCAGGGCAGACAACCCAAUUUUUCAUGAAUGACAGAAUUAGUUUGCCAAAUGACAUUCCUGGACAACUGAACAAAGAGAUUGUCCUGGAAUUGCAUCUUCAUGGAUUUUCAGAGGUCAGAGGUUGGAGGAGUGAUGACAUGGCUGAAAACCACUUCAGUAUUGAUGGUUGUAUUAGUGGUGGCUCUUCUAAAAUGAAUGGGAACAUUUACUACGUCAAUCCCUAUUUAAACUCAAGCAACUCCUGGCGAAGUGCUGUUAUGUAUAGAGGAGUUGGUUCUUUAGGCUUAACUGGUAUAAAGAAUCUUGGGAAUACUUGUUUUAUGAACAGUGCAAUCCAAUGUUUGGUGCACACUCCAAAGCUUGUUGACUAUUUUCUAGGAGAUUACCGGAAAGACAUGAACUAUCAGAACCCAUUGGGAAUGAAAGGAGAGCUUGCUUUUGCAUUUGGAGAAUUAUUGAGGAGAUUAUGGGCUCCAGGUGCAAGGCCAGUGGCUCCAAGAAUGUUCAAGCAAAAACUUGCCAGUUUUGCUCCUCAAUUCAGUGGCUAUAAUCAACAUGAUUCCCAGGAACUCCUUGCUUUUUUGCUGGAUGGUCUCCAUGAAGAUCUAAAUCGUGUGAAAUGCAAGCCAUAUUUUGAAGCUAAAGAUGCAGAGGGUCGUCCAGAUGAAGAAGUGGCGGAAGAAUAUUGGCUGAAUCACCUUGCUCGCAAUGAUUCCAUUAUUGUUAAUGCAUACCAGGGUCAAUACCGGUCAAAAUUGGUUUGCCCCGAUUGCAACAAGGUGUCCAUUACAUUUGACCCCUUUAUGUAUCUAUCACUGCCAUUACCUUCUACAACAAUGCGGAGUAUGACUUUGACGGUUUUAAGCACAGAUGGUGCUGCAUUGCCUACUACAUUUACUGUAACAGUGCCAAAGAGUGGGAAGCUCGUGGAUCUUACUGAAGCCUUAAGUAUUGCCUGUUCUCUAAGAGAUGAUGAAACCCUGUUGGUGGCUGAGAUAUACCAGUGUCGCAUAUUUCGUCUAUUGGAGGAUCCAUCUGAUUCAUUAGCCUUUGUUAGAGACGCUGACAAACUGGUUGCUUAUCGCUUACCAAAAGAUUUUGAGCGAUCGCACUUGGUUGUGUUUCUUCAUCAGGAGAAGGGAAAGUAUUACUAUAAUCAAGACACAAUUGGUAUCCCACUUUUAGCAAGGGUGUCUGAUCCUUGUUAUGGAUCUGAUAUUCGCAACGAAUUCCUAAAUAAUUUAAAUCCAUUCUUGAAGCCUGAUGGAGAUAUAUCAGAUGUUUUUGAUGAUGAUUCUGGAAACUGUGCUAAUGAAGACUCUAACAAGGAGGAUGACAGUAGUCCUACAGUUUGGGAUAAUGAUUCUGACACAGACAGGGGAACAAUGGGUGAAGCGCUGUUGGAUACUGACUUCAAAUUUUACUUAGCAGAUACAAGAAAGGAAAUAGAGUUGAAUCAGCUGAUAGAGGUCUCACGGUUGCCUGUGAUACCAAGGCCUAAGAUACUGGAGGUGAUUGUUUUAUGGACAGAUGAGAUGAUUAACAAGUAUGAUACACGCCUUCUAAACUCUUUGCCUGAGGUUUUCAACAUUUUCACGAGUAGUGAAGAAUCUGUUUCCCUUUACAAAUGCCUUGAGGCCUUUCUGAAGGAAGAACCUCUAGGACCUGAAGACAUGUGGUUCUGCCCUAGCUGCAAGACUCCUCGGCAAGCCAGCAAAAAGUUAGAUCUUUGGAGAUUGCCUGAGAUAUUGGUUAUUCAUCUGAAAAGAUUCUCGUAUGACCAUUAUUUUAAGAACAAGCUAGAAACAUUAGUUGAUUUUCCCAUUUAUGAUAUGGACAUCUCAACAUACAUAACCCACCGCAGUAACCAGUUAUCCAGUCGAUACAUGUUGUAUGCAAUCAGUAAUCACUAUGGUGGCUUGGGUGGUGGUCACUAUACGGCAUUUGUUCAUCUCGGUAAGGGUUCAUGGUAUGAGUUUGAUGAUGAUAGAGUUUCUGCUGUUAAUGAGGAGAGGAUUAAGACUUCAGCAGCAUAUGUUCUUUUCUACCGAAGAGUACCAGAUGUAUAGACAUAUCACAAUUGUAUAGUUCAUUAAUGAUUGGGAAACAGUUAGAGAGGAACAACACCCUGCUUAGAGGAGAGAUGUAGAGAAGGAACACAAAUGGUUCAUGUUGUACAGCAUUUGGUGUCAGUGAGUGAGCCAUAAUAGCAUUUUUAGAAAGGGUCAUAGUAGCAGUAGGAGAAGCGGCAAAGAAGAAGCAUCGUUUUGAGAAGGGGAAGAUAGCAUCACCUCUUUGGUUUUUGUUUUAGAUGUAUAUAUAUUUUUCAUACAGAAAAACAUUGAAAUUACAUCAAUUGCAAUAGAUGUGUCUUUCCUUUCUAUUGGUA